AUCCCAACCCCCAGGCAAGACAGUGUGUGAUUAUACAACUAUUAGUACAUGUGUGGGUAGCACCAUGAAACUAAAAUGAUACAAUGGUAGGAAGGAAAGCACAACAAGGGAGGGGGCGGUACCUGCCCCUGGACAAUAAGACAAUAAAAUGUGGGGACGGAGAACAUUACCCAAGCACUAGAUGGGAACCCCUGAAACACUGAAGAACUACAACACAAUCUGAGGUGAUGCUUGCUGGACUUUUAGGAGCCACUGUCUCUCAUUUGGAUUCGUCUACUAUUGUUUUACAAGAAACAUGGCAGAAGAGGCAAGGAGAAAAAAGAUUGAAGAAGCAGUUCAUAAUGAAGUAGAAAAGAAAAACCUUCAUGCCAUGAUUGAUCAGAUACUCAGAGAUGUUAUUCAAGAGGAACUUGGAGCAUCUGGUUCUGUGGAUGCUGGCGCUGUGGUGGGGCAGCUUCUUGACUCGUCUGCAGUUCAGCAACUAGUGGAAAGAGUGGCUAAUAUGAAUAGAAAGUCACAAAAAUCACCUUCUACAAUAAAUAUUCCACAAAAUAUUAGAGACCAAGUUGCUGCUGGCAGACAGUAUUUGUAUUUAAAUAUACUUGGGGGAAGAGCAUUUGUAGACCACCUUGGCACAAGCUCUGGUGGCCUUCAUCAGUGCUCCCUUGUUGUCCAUGUGGCACUCAAAACUCAGAGAUUUCAGACUCGCCAAAUCACUUGUGUUUGUGAUCCUCAGAUCCAAGAGGGAUUUCUAUUUGACCUUCAGCAGCUAAGCCCAGGUCAUGCCCCCACACUGGAUGCCACAGAUCUACUGCUGCUCCAUUCUCCAAUCUCUCUGGUGGUUGUGAGAGCUGGGCAACAUGGAGCCAACUCAACACUCAUCUCUGCCCACAGCUUGGAGUGGCAGUCACUUCUAACACAACCAUCAUCAAGCAGCAAGUUUGUGUGCCAGUUGAUGGGCAUUGGCAGUGAGCAGCAAGUACCAGUUGGAUUGCUUGACAUUGAGGCUUCAAUAAUACCACCACUAGGUAACCCCAUCCCACAUGAGUCCUUGGCAGAACACUCCCACAGCCUGGAAGCUCAGAGGGGAGAAAAGCAACGACUCUUUAUUAGCUACACACGAGAGUGGUGGCGAGAGUAUACAGAGGCAUCAAAGAAGCAUGGAAGAAGAAUGGUCAGGAUAUUUUCCAUAGAUGAAUAUGGUAAAAAUAGAUUUGUAUGUGAGUUUGUAAAGAGACUUGAGGUUGGCCAGGCUCUGAAGUCUUCUGAGGAGGCUGCAAGGUGGGUCAGUGUCUUGCCCUCCAAUAUGAGUAAGCAGCUGCCUGCAGGUGCAACAGAUCCCUGGUUUACACCUUACACUGCUGUUAUGGCUGGCUCACUGAACACUGAGAGCAAGUGCAGUUUGCUGUGUAGUCUUCUUCUUGGCUUUGGUCUGGACGCCUGGGUCUGUGUGGGCAGCCGGCAGAGUGGGCAGCCACACAUGUGGCUCAUGACCAGGGGUCCCUACACAGCCAUAACAUUUUGGGAGGCAACAACAGGGUCACGCUAUCUGCACAGAGUUGGGUAUCGUGGUGCUCAUGACUAUGCUGCUGUUGGAAGUGUCUUUAACAACCAAGCUUUCUAUGCUAAUUGCCAGGUAUCAGACAGGAUAGAAUAUUGCAGCUUUGCUCUUGAAGAUGCCAGCAUUUGGAAGAAAAUGUCAUACACAGCUAUAUCUAGCAUUGUAGAAAAAGGAGUGGGCCACCUGCCUGUAUUGUCACCUUGGGAUGAUGGAGCCAAACGAAAAAUCAACAUAGAAAGUCAACUUAAAUCCUUAAUAUCAGAGCACAGAAAGGCUCAUGAGUUGAGCUCACACUUUGAUGAACAUCUGAGCUACGUGUUGACGCCUGCCCUGUGGUCAUAUGAGAGGGAAGCUGUGGAUGGCGGGAGCCUUACUGAAAACAGAGGUGCAGAGUUGUUUUCUGCAGCACUUAUGAAUGUGGUGCCAGAAGGCUACACAUUCAAAGGAUUUCCCUUAUACUUCACACAUAGUUCACCAAGACGAGCUUUCACAUCUAUACUCAGCUCCUCCAUUGGCCGUGAAAUAGUUGAGUGUCGAGGAGAUCGAGUCAGCUUGGCUGUAUGCACUGUCACCGUUUGUUACCCAGAGUGUGUGGACAAUGAUUGCAAGUGUCGUAGACAUCAAAUGCUGGCUGACAGCUCAUCAAGGCCAUCAAGACAUGCAGUGCUUUAUAAAUGCAAAGCCUAGAUUUAUUAGUCAUUCAUUCUGCCAUUCAAACACCUUCCAUCGCAGCUCAUCAUUUGUCAGAUCUCUUGCUUACCUCCGUUCUUUUGUAUGCUGUAACAUGAUGUUUCACCACAUUUUGCCAUCUUCAUAUGAAUUGUCUGUCCCCACAUGAACUGCUUAAAUAGAUCUUUUCAACUUAUUUUCCCACACCAAACAGACUUGCCUCUAAUUGCUCUUCACUACCUCUGUUCUCUACCACUCUCCUUCACAUUACCUACUCAUUUUUUGCCUUGUUAAUCCUUUUCAGUCUAAAUUUUGCAUGUUAUUUCUAUUAUUUUCUCUACCCCAUGGAGUUUUGUGCCUCUGCUUUUAUUCGUCUCUACAGACUUUUCAACAUACCCAUAUGGCCCUUCCCUUGAUUCUCACAUAAGAACUACAUCUUUUCACAGAAUCGGUUCUAGGUAUUUCAUUUAUUUUCAUCUGUAAUCAACACAUCAUUAUUGUUAAACAUUCCAAUGACCCAC